GGCAGUUGAACAGGAAGGAGCAGACACCUCCUUCCUCCAAGUAUCUAAAAACCUUCCUUCUCUCUUCGUUUUCCUUCUUAUUCAUCAAUACAUCAUCGACCAACAACAGAAUUCAUCAACUGCUUCAUCAACAACACACAUUUCAUCGAUUGCUUCAUCAAUAUAGCACUACUACACACUCUUCACUUUACCGUUGUACCAAACUCUCAUCGGACAAUCUUGUAAAAUGUCCACCAAAGCCGUAAUCGUCUCUGCUCUUGUAACAAUUGCUGCCGCAAUGCCAGGUGCCGCGGCAAAAUUGAGCCCUAAUUACUUCACCGCGAUCUCCAGCCAUACUGGCGUCGAAAUCGUCCACCUUCGAGAAAUCAGUGCAAGCGGCCAGAGAUUCUACCUCAAUAAGGCAACGAGUUCUUAUUGCCCUCAGGUGAAGAACCUUGACUGCUCGAAGUAUGGCAAUGCUACCGUCUUUGCAUACAACUCAGACGGCACCAUGUCGAUGAAUGUUGCAGUCCCAGGCGGUCAACAAGUCUACGUCGCUUCUGGUGGUGCUUUGGGUUAUACCGGUGUACACUCCGCCAACGUUCCACAAGAUGCCCAGAGAGCAACCUUCAACUACGCUCCUCAGACAUCUGAUGGUGGAGUCGGCACUUUGACAUUCGAUAACCAAGGGUUCGUUGUCUGUCCCACUAAGGAUGCGCCUGUCUAUCAGGUUUUUGCGUGGACUCCUAAAGAUGAGGCCGGCGCAUUCAGAUGGGACUGUAUUGGCAUCCGAUUUGCAUCUGCAAAGUACUCCGGCACCUCUUCUUAUCAGUACAAUUGA